AUGGCUGGGUUCUAUGUUGGAUGGAGCCGAGGAGAGGCACAAAAGGAUGCCAAUGGUGAGGUCGAGGGUGAUGCGACGGACAUUGGGGGAGUAGCCGACAAUGAGGAAGAUGAUGUUGCCGGCAUGGGUGAUGAUGAGGGGGGAGUCAGUGAGGCAGGCAUCAUGAUCAAUAAGGGGCUGGGCCUUGGAGGUGGUCCGAUUGAAGAUGAUGAGGGAGUAGCUAGUCGAGAGUGGGUGGGCAGCCCUAGAUUGGCUCAUGAUGCCGUGGAGGUGGGGAAGGAGGGGGGCGUGGUGAAGGCCAAGGAUUUAAUUGAGGGCUUGCCGAAGAAGUUCAAGGAGGCGAUGACAGAAGAAGAGGUCAAGGAGGCCAAGAAGCAGCUCGAGCAGCUCGAAGUGAACGUCUCCAUCAUUUAA